CUUCCUGUGCGGUGCCCCCUGACCUCGGUUCCCCCAGCCCCUGCGCCAGGCUGGAGUGUGAGGUUCCGGAGCCCUGGCGCAGGCAGGGUCCCGGUGUAGACGCUGCCGGCCAGCCGGCCUCAGCCUCCUCGGCAGUGCCUCGGUUGCUUCAGCUGCCCCAGGAACCGAGGGCUGCAAAUUAAGUCCUACCAUUUUGCCUCCUUGGAAGCGUCCCCCUCUAAACCGUGUCACAAAACAAAUGAGUAGUUACUUUGAUGUAACUCAUAAAAUGAGAGACUCCUUUUGGACAGCUUGGAACAAAUGGACACAUUUAUGUGCUUAGAAUACAAAAUGUUUUGGCACUUAUAAGAAUCCCAAGCAAAUCAAAUGGCAUCUGGGGAUCUCUGCUCAACUGCAGAAGGGAUGGAAAUACUUCAACAAGAGCCUCAAGCUGUCGCCCUGGAUAGAACACGAUGGCAUCAGAGCUCACAGCAACCUCCACCUCCACGAUGGCAUCACAGCUCACAGAACCUCCACCUGGGCUCAAUGUGCAGCAAACAGCUUCCUCCUUGUAACCUGAGUGAAGAGGACCUGUUACAGAACCCAUACUUCAGCAAGCUGCUUCUGAGUCUCUCACAGCAUGUGGAUGAGACUGGCUUAAGCCUCACCUUGGCAAAGGAGCAGGCUCAGGUAUGGAAGGAAGUUCGACUGCAUAAGACAACAUGGUUAAGGUCUGAGAUUUUACAGAGGGUCAUUCAAGAGCUGCUUGUAGAUUACUAUGUGAAGACACAAGACACAAAUUUAACUUCUGAGGACAAAAAGUUUCAUGAGACCCUUGAACAACGGCUACUUGUGACUGAACUGACACGGCUGUUAAGUCCUAGUCAAGAGAAGGAAAUACCUCCAUUGCUGGGGCUGGAGAAAGCAGACCUUCUGGAACUCAUGCCACCCUCAGAGGACUUUGUGUGGAUGAGAGCUCGACUCCAGCUAGAAGUGGAAGAGCAGCUCAAAAAGAAAUGUUUCACUCUGCUUUGUUUCCAUGAUCCCAAUUCAGAUUCUGACAAUGAAACCCUGAAGGCAGCAAAGGUGUGGAAACUGGCAGAGGUCUUGGCGGGUGAGAAGCAGCAGUGCCAAGAUGCCAAGAGCCAGCAGAAGGAGCAGAUGGUGCUUCUGGAAAAGAAGAGUGCCACGUAUUCUCAGGUGCUUCUCCGCUGCCUCACCUUGCUACAGAGGCUUCUUCAGGAACACCGGCUGAAAACCCAGUCUGAGCUAGACCGCAUUAAUGCCCAGUACCUGGAAAUCAAGUGCAGUGCCAUGAUCCUUAAGCUGAGGAAGGAGGAACUAAAGAUUUUGUCUGACACUUACACUGCCGAGAAAGUGGAAGUUCACCGUCUCAUUAGGGACCGUUUGGAGGGAGCCAUUCGCCUACAAGAACAAGACAUGGAAAAGUCAAGACAGGUCCUGAACACCUAUGAGGUUCUUGGGGAGGAGUUUGACAGGCUGGUAAAAGAGUACACCCAACUCAAGCAGGCAACCGAGAACAAGCGCUGGGCCCUCCAGGAGUUCAACAAGGCAUACCAUUGAGUGCUGGCAGGGCCAGGAAACAUGGCUCCUACACAGCCACUGCCUCCUACUUUCCCUUCUAACAGGACCAUUUUCACCUGGGGCUGCCUUCAUCACGAGGGAGUGUGGAGAUGGUUGCUUCAAAUGGCAGUCAUUUAGGUACCCUCCUGGUUUCUCUUGUCUGCAUGACUGAACCCCUUCUAGAAAAUGUAGCAAGCAGAUUUGUAUGAUUUUAUGCAUAAUUUCUCAGUGUCAGCUCUAUAUUGUAUUUGAUUACCUCCUGAAUAAAGUGAUGAUAUUAUAU